AUGAAGGCUAACGACGGAGACCGAAAACGACGGCGCCCGGGCAAAGCACCUGCGGUUGAGGCUGCCCUGGUGAAGUGGAUUGAUUAUGCCCGGUCUCGCAACGCUCCGCUGAGCGGACCCUUGGUCAGGGAGAAGGCUGAGUCAUUAGCAACAAGUCUCGGAGAGGAGAGUUUCAAAGUUUCUAGCGGCUGGUUUGAGCGAUUUAAAAAGAGGGAGAACAUUGUGUUUAAGAAGCUGCACGGGGAGGCUGCUGAGUACAGUGAGGAAAGCAUCUGGAAUGCUGAUGAAACCGGGAUUUAUUUUCGGGCUCUACCUGACGGCACCCUGACCUUCAAAUCCGACAAUAAAAGAGGGGGGAAAAAAUCAAAAGAAAGGAUUACGGCUAUGUUCGCCUGCUCUGCCGCGGGAGAAAAGAAGGAACUUUUUGUCAUCGGAAAAAGUCAGAGCCCCCGCUGCUUCAAACACGUACGUACACUGCCUGUUCGUUACGCAGCCAAUGCUAAUGCUUGGAUGACCGGGGCUCUCUUUAUGGAGUGGUUAAAGGACUGGGAUCGCAAACUGGGCCAAGAGAGGAAGAGUAUCCUUCUGCUUGUGGACAACUGCUCAGCCCAUAACUUGAAAACAACACUGAGAAACAUCCGACUCGAGUUUCUGCCGAAGAACACGACCUCAAUUCUCCAGCCCUGUGACCAAGGCAUCAUUAGAACAGCCAAAGCUUACUUUCGCAAAGAGAUGGCCCGCUCUGUACUGCGCCAAAUUGAUGAGGGGAACAGAGCAGCUGCUGCAGACAUCGCAAAGAAAAUCAGCCUCCUUGACACGAUUCUGAUGCUGCGGGACGCCUGGGCUGAUGUGGAGGCUUCCACAAUCAGGAAUUGCUGGAGGAAAGGAGGUCUGGUCAUGUCACCAGAGGAGGAACCGACACCUGUUGAUCCACCUGCUGAGAUCAGCACUGACGAGUUUGAGCAGUGGAUCGAAAGUGAUGACAGCACUCCGGUGUCAGAGAUUGUGACGGAUGAGGACAUCAUCUCGGAGGUACAAGAGCGCUUUGGUGCGGGUACCAGUGGUGCGCGCAGCGAGGAGAAGGAGGAGGAUGAGGAUGAAGAAGAGGAGACUGUUGUCCCUUCCAGAGCUGAGAUGAGGAAUGCAGUUUGCAUUUUAAAGACUGGUCUCCUGCAUGUUGGUUUAAAAAACGUUGACAUUUUACAUCGUUUUGAAAAAGAAGUGAACUCGGUGUUGGACAACACUCUGAUCCAGGGAACCAUGGAUAAAUAUGUUAAGUGAUUUCU